AAAAAUAACCUUAGCUAAAAACUUUCGCGCCCGAAGUUAUUAUUUUGAAUAAACUUAAUUUUUAAUUUCGUCAUGGCUGAGAAACUUGAAGAUCUCAAUUUACCCAACGCUUCCGUUCAGAAAAUAAUCAAAGAAGCCCUUCCAGAAUCCAUCAACGUUGGGAAAGAUGCGAAAGCUGCAUUAUCCAGAGCUGCCUCAGUAUUUAUUUUGUAUGUAACAUCAGAAGCCUCUAAAGGGGCGCAUAAAGAUGGUCGUAAAACACUUUUGGGACAGGAUGUCCUUAAGGCAAUCGAAAAAUUAGAAUUCGAUGAGUUCAUGGAGACAUUGCAAGAAGCUCAGAAAUCAUUUAUGGAUGGAAGAAAAGGCAAGGGUCCAAAGAAAAAAAAUGUAACGGCAGAGGAUAGUGAGAGAAUAGAUGAAAUUGAGGAAAGCGGAGAAGAAAAUGCCGAAGAAGAUGCUUUAGAAUGAUGCUGGGUAGUCAUUGAAAUGAUAGUAACCAUUUUGAAUAACACCCAGGAUCUAAAAUUCUACAUACAUUAUAUUGCCAUUUGUCUCAGACUAUGUAUAUAAGUACAAAUUUUAUAAUGUCUUAAGUUGAGAAAGAUGUGCAACAUUCCAAAUUGUAAUAAAUAUAUUAAAUUUGA